GCCCCGCGUGAUGCUGUCUCGCAGGCCGGCUGAUCAACUCCAUCCGCGUCAUCUGCCGCAGCUAUGAGGAUUACCAGGAGUGGCUCUACUGCCUCAAAACUGCCCAAUUUCGAAAUGCUGACUCCUCCUUGUCCGGAUCAGAGAGUUUCUCAGGAUCAAAGCUGCCACACCUCAACCAGUUUGCUGGCAGUGGGAGAGGCUCACUGGCCUCUGAUGGCCGCACCAACUCUUGGGCAUCCGGAGGAAAAGGGACCAACACCCUGACACACCUGUCCCAGCACAGCGGCUCGCUGCACGAUGCUCAGUCCUUCAUGCUGCUGGAGGAGCCACACAGCCCUGGCUAUUCCCAACCUCUCCAUUGCCUGCCCCACACCAACUGGCCAAGCACCGUGCUGCCUGUGCAGGAGCUGCGGAGGGGCAGCAGCACCAAGAAGCCCAAAGGCAGAUGUGGUCCAGGCACACAGGAUGUGGAACAGGCACCGUGCAGCCUCAUCCCCCAGCACCCCGUCCUGCCUGCGCUGUACAGUGAGCCAUACUGCACCUAUAGCACACCGCAUCGCCCCACGGACCCCCCAGCACAGCUGGAACUGAGCAACGUCCUGCAGUGUCAGAAGAUUGCCCAGCCCCUGCCCGGCAGGCACUGGGUGGAGGUGCUCGGGGCACAGAGACACCCCCAGCUUCCUGCUGAUGCUCCAUACCUUGCCAACGUGUCAUCUCUGCCAGAGGAACAUCUGGGCCCCUUGCUGCAGCCACCAGAUGAUGGCAUGGGUGCCUACGAUGUGCCAGAAGGCGGCUGCCUGCACCGUGACUCUGCAGUGUACCACGACUACGCUGAGCUGCAGAGCUUCCAGAGCGAGCUCAGCUAUGACAACCUGUGGGACGCCGAGGGCAGGGAGCCGGACAGCCCAGCACCAUGCUAUGAAGUGUGAGCAGAGGUCUCACCGGGCACAGGAUGACCCCUGGGCUCUGUUCUCCCACCCCGGUGGGUGUAGGAAGCAAAGGAAUCCGCAGCAAUCCCUGGGAGCAGUGUUAAGGACAUCCCAGAAUGGUUCCCAUUGCGGGGGGGGGGGGGGAGGGGGCACAUCCUCCUCUCAUCCCUCAAUGUCUGGGGGCACCUGGGGAGAUCAGGGCACAAACAACAGGGGACAGAGUCUGGGUGCUAUCGCUCUGCAGCCUCUUGGCCAGAUCCCUCAGCACAUACGAGGUCAGCAGCAAACCCAAAUGUUUUCUUUUUUACCUGAGGCUCCAAAUUCUUAACCUUUGUCCCCUCCAGAGGCUGCAAACCAAACAUAGCGAUGCAAUCUCAGUUUCGGUGCACACAGAGCAACCCAGCAGCGUUUUGUACUUGAAUGUCUACGUAUUGCAUUGUACUUACCUGUAUUUUCCAGAAGGUAUCCAGCAAAGUUUACAUGCAAGGUUUGAGUGAAUUUGAUGUAUUUAAUGUGUACAUGUGGCUGAGUCGGAGAUGUAUUUAAUGUUGAAGCUGUGGAUGAGGCUCGGUGCUGCAGUGUGUGUGUUGGGUUGGGUCUUCUGCUGUCGUUGUGUCGUUCCAGGUUUACCUUCUCGUUGGGAAGCUGUGUACUAAUAACCAAAAGGAUCUAUUUAUUCAGAAUGGAAUGGUACUGUGAGCCCAACAAUUACAGCACACCUUCCUCUGGCA